GUGCGGACACCGGCGCCGCCAUCAUGGCGGCCUGAGGCGCGGCGGGUUCGGCGCCGGGAGCGGCGGGACGGGAGGCCAGGAGCGGAGAGAUUGAAAACCUAGAAUGGCAGGAGAACAGAAACCGUCCUGCAAUCUUCUAGAGCAGUUCAUUUUACUAGCCAAAGGAACAAGUGGCUCAGCUCUGACUGCUCUUAUAAAUCAAGUGCUGGAAGCUCCUGGGGUUUAUGUCUUCGGAGAGCUGUUGGAGUUAACAAAUGUGAAAGAGCUUGCUGAGGGGUCUAAUGCUGCUUAUUUCCAGCUGCUGAACCUGUUUGCAUAUGGAACGUACCGGGACUAUGUAGCAAACAAAGAUAACCUGCCUGAAUUAACAGUGACUCAGAAAAACAAGCUGAAACACUUGACGAUCGUAAGCCUGGCUUCCCGAAUGAAGUGCAUUCCCUAUUCUGUGUUGCUGAAGGACCUGGAUAUGAGGAAUCUGAGGGAGCUGGAAGAUCUCAUUAUUGAAGCAGUUUACACAGACAUUAUCCAAGGGAAGCUGGAUCAACGAAACCAGGUGUUAGAGGUGGAUUUUUGUAUCGGCAGAGACAUUCAGAGGAAGGACAUCAGUAACAUUGUCAAAACACUCCAGGAAUGGUGUGAUGGCUGUGAAGCAGUUCUUUUAGGAAUUGAGCAGCAAGUACUUAGAGCCAACCAAUACAAAGAGAACCACCACCGAACUCAGCAGCAGGUAGAGAUGGAGGUCACAAACAUAAAGAAAACAUUAAAAGCUACAGCCUCGUCGUCGGCACAGGAGAUGGAACAGCAGCUGGUAGAGCGAGAGUGCCCUCCACACACAGAACAAAGGCAGCCCACAAAGAAGAUGUCCAAAGUCAAAGGGCUGGUCUCCAGCCGUCACUAGAACGUACCAUCUAAAUGUCAGCCGGUUAGGAGUGACAACAGGAGGAGCAAAACGGGCCUGCGUCUCCUUUUUCAGUGGGUUCUGGGCCAGUCCCUUCCUGGCUGGCAAGUAAAAGCCCUGUUUGAACAGCUCCCAAUUAGCAGCACCUGGCUAAGUUACACUGUGCAGCUCCUAUGAGUUUUCAGGGUGUCCCUGUUCUAGUCCUGUCAAGAGGGACUUUUAAAGAAAGGGACUAACCAAAAGGGGCAUGAAAAAACCAAAAUAUCUGUUGACUGUUUUGCUCCCUCCCAGCUAGUUCAUUGCUGCUUAACCUUGAGGAAGCUGCUGUACUAAAUCAGAUCAUGGGAGAACUUCUAUAGCAAGCAUCUGAAUCCCAGGGUUGAAGUGUGGCUACCAAAGCCAGGCUGGGAGCGAGGAAGCCAUCAACACAGAUCUUUUCAUUCCCAAAGGGAGCGCAGGAAGGUUUCUAGGUCAGGAACUGCUUUACAUGGAAGUCUUCAGCCUUUCUGCUACCCCUGUCUAUUUUAAACUGGGGUGAAAUUCACACUACCUCUCUCUGUGAAGAUGAGUUCCAGUGCUGGGCUGUUUACUUAACUGUCUGUUUACUGCCCUUACUAAGCCCUUUAAUCUCUCACAGAUUUAAAGCACUGUUCUGCAGCUCUGAGACAUCAGUACAAUAUGGAGGAAGAAAGCUGCUCUUCCACACAGACCUCGCAGGUGGUUAGGGGCAUGCUAGAAACUAUUCCUCCUGAAUGUGAUGUGACCUCCCAGAGCUGCUUGUGAGUUGUUUCCCCCAUUGAUACCUUUAAAGGGUAAUGCAUUCGCUCUUCCUUGGAUGCUGGCGACAGUGGGAGAGGAGCCUGUUUGGCAUCGAGGCAGGCUGGUGGCCCAGGACCCACUGGCAGGGGUCGCAGGAGCAUCCCCUUGCUGAAGCAAUGGACUUGACUAGUCUUUCUAAAUUUUGAACACUUUCAGGUUGUAUUUUCCUCCUUUUUUUUUUUUUCUUUUGUACAUUGUUGUGAUUCUAAAGCAUUUCAGUCUUUGUUUCAUGGGUUAUUUUUUUAUUUGUUACAAACUUACUUCAGGUGAUUUGCACCUAGUUUGGCAGGGUGUGGGUUUUUUUUUAAGGGGGAAGCAUUGGAACAGCAAUUCAUAAAAAAAGCACAUUUUAGAAAAAAAAUUAAAAAUGCUGAUUUAAUCUCAGAGUCUGGAGUCUUGACUUCGAGGCUGUUUUAGGCUUGUUGUCCAAUGGCACUUGUUCACUUGCACAUUUAUUUGAUUUUUGGUGUAUGUUGACUGAAGAUCUGACUGAUCUUUCUAAUGCAUCUGGGAGACAGGGAAGCCUCUUCAUGUUUUGUCAGUAGUUCAUCUUUGCUCAGAUUUGUGUAGAAGGAUCCGUGGCAAAGCUGGUAGCUGAGCCCCGUAUUGUAAGCCUAAACAGCUUUGAUGCCUGGUUGUAGAAAGUAGUUGUGCUCUUAGGCCAGUCAGUUCCUUCCUUUGUGUCUAGCAGAGUGCUGCUUUGUACUUUGGCCCCUGCAUUUCACUCUGUAAAGAGAAGCUCUUUCCCUGAGCAGGCAGGGGAGCUCUUUAGGCAGAAGACUGUGACAGUGCUCCAGUCCUGCAGCCAGCUGUCACCUGCCUUUGCUUUUGCAACGCACGUGCCUUCCUCUUACUGCUACCAAGACUCUUUGCCAUCUGCAUGUUUGCAGUCCUCAGUCACAGGACUCGCUCACUUGUGAAAGUAAAUCUCUCUCCUUUUCUUCUCCUGCAGUGCAGGCACACCAGCUUUUAAUCUGGAGAGGAAGAUCUAAAUACCCUCCCUCCUGCUUCCUGUGGGUCAAGUCCCAGAAACUUCUGAUUGUGGUCAGGCUUCUGAUUCUUUACCAGCUCACUCUCCCCCUUGAAAUGCAACAAGGAUGUUAAGUGGAUAAGCCCAGAGCACGAAGCCUUCAUCACUAACUCAAGGGCACUGUUUCCCAAGCAGUGGCAGUAUUAGCUCCUGUUUCAGCUUCUCCCAGUGUUCAGCUGACAGCUUCUCAGGAAAGUGCUGGUGGACCUUGUGUCCCCAAGUCUGUGUGAUGGAGAUGGACUGGAUCUGUUUCUGGCUUGCUGGGUGAACAGCUGUAAUAUGCUGGUCAUCCAGUUCCUCACUGGAUUUGACUAGUGAGGAGAGGCUCUAUGGUCCUCUUUACAUUUUUAAUAUCAGUCCUGCAAAGUGGCAGGAGGAAUACAAAUGCUUUUGGGAAUCAUUUUAACUCCUCAUCAAGCCACAGUCUGGGGAAAUAGAUGUUUGGCACCCUUGAUGUUUAUUCCCUGCCAGUUACAGGAGUCACAUUAGUUUGCUGAAGCUUCUUUAGUGGUUGGAAGUUUUUGAGUUCUUAUGUUUUUGCUGUUCUCAAAGCCUGGCUGGGGGUGAGUAUCUUAUUUACACUUUGGUUCACAUUGCCUUUGAUCAGCAAAGCAGCAAGGGAGGAAAUAGCACUUUGAAUAAAGAGCUGUCCCAUGUCUGAUGGUGACAGAGGGCAGAGAAGGGACUGGGGUAUUGGAGGGGAUGGAGCUGUUUGGGUGUUUGGCUUUCCUGGUGUGCCAGCAAAGGGCUUGGCACUGCAAAAGGUGGGGGAUGUCUGCAAUGAGCCCAGGCUGAGAUGAGUCAUUAACAAAUGACAUGCACAGAGUACCUGGGGGAGGCAAACAGCUCUGCAGCAGCUGGUUAAUGAAUCUGGCUUGAAGGAAAGAGUUAGAAGCUAUUCCAGGAAUAAAGCAGAAGGCAGGGUUGUUAACAGGCAAGGAUGCAGGAGGUGCUCUGCUGUUUCAGAACAACAGAUAAAGACUGUGUUGAUGCCCUCUGACUACAGGAAGGGCAGCAACUCAGAGAAGCAUUGUGUGAAUCGGGCUGAAUUGUGGGCAGUUUCAAGUGGGGAGUGCCCAGGGAGCUAUGGGGUUGAGAGGGAAGUGGAAGCAGAGGCAGAUUUGAUGCAAACUUCUAUGGAUUGCCUGUGCCUGCUGGAGGCACAGCUUGUCUGAGCACUGCUGGAUGCUGCUCCCUGGUGCAGGGCGAGCAUCCUGCCCUGCUUUGGUUUAUGGCAGCGAUGGGAUGCUCCAGCUGCAGCUUGCCCCAAGAUUGCAGCAGGACAGACUUUGAGCUAUUGAACUUGUUUGCCUUUUCCACCCAGAGGGAGAGAAAGUGGAUUGAAGCUGCCUUCCCUCUGCUCUUCAGGGCUUUAUUGUCUAGCUUUGUGUUCUGCAGCUCCACUUGUACUAGUGCUUGUUUAAUAUGGAAUUGGGCACUGAGCUGGAAAAUGGAAGAGAGGAUCUCAGCUGAUUGCAGUGCUGGUAGGCUGCCCUAGCCCUAAAGCUGUGCUUCACGCUAACAAAUGUCCCUGGCAUUCCUGCCGAGACUCGGUUGAUACCAGCUAACAUCAGGCAAUUCUGGAACAUGAUAAAGCAGUGCUGAUGUCAGUUUUUAACAGAAAAAAAAAAAAAAGUUUCAGAUUGAAAUCUCUUCUUUUACUUCCCUCCUCACCUUCUUAGCUAAGUUGAAUGCUAAUUUACUCUUGUGUUGAGAGCAGAAGGAAAAAUCAGUGAUGCUGGCAGACCCUUCCGUCUUCAGAUUUGAGACCUGUCCUGCAAUUGGUCUUGUGCAGACUUAGGAAAUCCCAUGGAUGCUUGUGGAGCUGCUCUCAGGCUUGCAGGUCUCUCUCUGUGGAUUGUGUACAGGAGUAGGACCUGCAUAGCUGCUCUCCAUAGUGAACCUGGGGAAAGUGAAGUUUUUGUUCUUUACAGAAGACAGUGGUAGAAAGAAAUGGCCAUUUUCCCACCAGCCCCGAAAAGUGAAUUUUGCUGAACAUCUUUCAGUUCCUGAAAGAAUGUAAAAGGAUGCAGACCCUAGAGGGUGUUUCUGGUUUUAGUGUUCUUAUCCUAUGAGAGCAAAAUGUGUUGGGUCAGCGUGUGCGAAGCAGACUUGUGCUUACUCCUUGCAGGGAAUACAGAAGAAACAGUGCCAUUAUCUUUGAUAGCUGUAUUAGAACAUAAAUCACAUAGGUAAAUCAGACUUUUCCUAAACUUUCACUUCUGCACAGAUUUAUAUGAGUUCAGCUAAGGUAGGAACCACACAAAGCCCACCCCUGCACAGUAAAACAGUCCAAACUUGUGCAUUUGUGGGGUUGUUGGUGCUGGGAAUUGUUAUUUUUUGUCUGAACCUGCUGUAAACUGCAGUGCAGAAAAUCAACCUUGCUCUUUAUUAUUCUAAAUAAUGGGGAAAUUGAGAAAUCUAAGAGCCUGCCCCACAAAUACAACACAUUGAGAUAGCCCCAUCUCGGGCACCUGGUCACAAAGUUUCCUGUUGUUUUUUUCCACCCCACUAAGUCCUCUGUAAGACCUGACCUGAUGCAAGGGAACCAAAACUGAGUCUGCAGAGCAUUUUUUGUGUAAUCUGAGAGAGUAACCCAGGGUCAUCAAGAAAGGUAAAUGAAAGUUUAGAGAGAUCUCAGUUCCUACUUGUAACUUCAACCUUGUAUUCUUAAUAUGGAAUUUUAGCCUAACAGUCUGAUUGAAUUUCUCGGCAGAGUUUUUAGGAAUAUGUCACUGUUUCAUUCUGCUCCAUGGCGAAGGUCUGUGUCUCAGGGACUGUUGACAUUUUGCUGAUAGUUCCUCAAGUUUGGCCCUCCCACAGAGCUCUCAGAGCUGUUAGAGGGCACCAGUUCCUUCAGGAUCACCUGCCAGCUGUGAUGCUGUACCUUUUACAUCACGACUCUGAGAUGACACCUCUCCUUGCUGGCAGACAAGCCAGGCAACAUCUAACGUGGUCCAUCAGCUGCUGCUCCCCAUCCAGCUGGACCCUGUGAGCGCUGCGAGGUGGAUCCCUGUCUCUGAUGGAGGCUGUGCUCAUGCAAGGCCAGAAGCGUGCCCUACUGAUGAUUGACCUGUCAGGUUUCUGGAUGAAUCCUCUUGUUCUGUGCACCCAGGGUUCUGUCAGAGCUGGGGUGAGUCUGGCUGGAGGUUUCUAUGGUUUCCUGGUUGUUGCUAAGGAAAAGGAUCGCUUUGCCUCUGGGUCUUGGUGACUUUCUUUUUGCCCUGUCCUAGGCACUGGAGCCCAGCGGAACAUAAUGCUCGUUGUUUCCCAGCCCACUACAAUGGCCAGGGCAUAAUUUGUGACUCCUGUCACGGCUGGGCUGGGCGCCUGCCACUCUCUUUCUUUUCUAAGGCCUCUUUGAAGAAUGAGACCAAAGAGCCUUCAAGCAGGAGUUUGCAUGUUUACUGCACUCCCUGCCCCCUCGCUUGCUGUUUCCUUUAGAGCUCUGAGUCAUUUUAACAAUUUAUUUCAUGCACUUUACAUAGCAAGAAGCUGUAGCAACAGCUGUGUCCAUGAAUCCUUACAAGGCAGCUCUCAGUAUAUUUUGGUCUGUCUACGUAUUGUCCCUGGCUCAGUCAAAUAAAUCUCUGCUGGAGGAAGGGACUUUACAGCUUAGUGGCAAAGGGUUGGUGAAUGGGAAUAUCAACAAGACACUUAGUGGGCCUCUGGAUCCUGGAAUAGCAGUGCCUCCGGCACAAAGCUCUGCUCCCACCAGCGCAGCCGGGGGCUAGAUCCAGCGUGGGCUUUUUGUUGCUGUCAGCAGGGACGGCGUCUCCAUCCGGCACCGGGCUGAAGCUUGGACUAGAAGCUGUUAAAGCACGUGUAGGACAGAUGCUGCCCUUGUCACACUGCUGUCGAUCCAGGGCUCGGCUGCUAACAAUGGUGGGCUCAUUUCCAUGGGUGCCACUUGAGAUCUGGGCAUGGAUGUGCUGCCUGAGGCUGUGUGCUCUCGAAAGGAGCUCAGCUGGGGUCUGCAGAGUCUUGCAGCGCCAGGCAGGAUUCAGUCCAUCAAAGCAUCACAGGAUUGGGCACAAGUUUACUUUUGCAUAUGGGAUCAAAGCUUAAAAUAUCAGCUGGCCUUUCUCUCACUCCUGACUUUUCUAAAAACAUCUGAACAAUUUCUUCUUUAGGUCUGUUAAAAUCGAUCAAUCUGACAUUUAAAUUGUAUGUGAAUUUGAUAAAUAAAGACAGGUUACAAA